CUAUACUUUGUGUACGAUAAAGAAAUGACUAUAUUACUUUGGCGCCCCUACCGGUUCAAAUGAGAUAAUCCAUAGCUACUGGUACUGGCGCGAUCAGCAGACGAAUUUUUGCAGAGGUCUAGACCAAGGGUUCCCAGUUCUGUGGUUACACAGGUAACAAUGACAACCGUCCUGCAUGAUGCUGCUGAAUACUACACCUGGAUGGUGGAAAAUGGAGAUCCACGAACAGACCCCUGGUUCCUGGUCUACAGCCCCCUCCCUAUUGUUGUUCUGUUUGUCCUGUAUGUACUACUCUGCGUCUAUGGUCCAAGGAUCAUGGAAAAGAGACAACCCUUCAACCUCAAAACCAUCAUCAUUCCAUACAACUUUGCCCUGGUGGGUUUGUCUGCGUACAUGUUUUAUGAGUUCCUUGUGACAGCCUGGUUGUCUGGGUACAGUUUGAAGUGCCAGCCUGUGGACUACUCCGCCAACUAUCUUCCUAUGAGGAUGGCCAGAGUAUGCUGGUGGUUUUUCUUCUCCAAAGUUAUUGAGUUGAUGGACACAGUGUUUUUCAUUAUGCGGAAGAAGUCUAACCAGGUGACAUUCCUGCAUGUGUACCACCACUGCACCAUGAUCAUCAACUGGUGGCUCGGGGUCAAAUAUGUAGCUGGGGGACAACCCUUUUUCCUGGCCAUGUUGAAUUCUUUCAUCCACACUGUCAUGUACCUGUACUAUGGCAUGGCUGCCAUUGGACCACACAUGCAGAAGUACCUGUGGUGGAAGCGGUACCUUACCUCCAUGCAGCUAAUGCAGUUUGUGGCCAUCCUAACCCACACAACAGUGAACUUCUUCUCAGACUGUGAUUUCCCACAAGGGUUCAACAUUGCCGUCAUGGCCUACAUGGUGUCACUCAUCAUUCUCUUUGGCAACUUCUAUUACCAGGAAUAUGUAAAAAGAGCCAGUCAGAAGAAAAAGCAGUGAGCUACAGUUACAGCUACACAUAGACCUGAUUUAAACCUCCAUCCCAACAACAGUCAAGUAAUAUUUUUAAUUGAUUCUAUAGACAUUGAUCGUUGUUUGAUGACUUCUCAAGAUAAUGUUUCUGUAGUACCUCAAUGAAGGUUAGACAUACAGGUAAUCACACACACGAUACUAAAGUUACUCAAGCAAACUUGCAGAUUUUGAAAAUGUAUCCAGUUGCUUGAGUAGCUUUUAUUUUGUGUAUGAAAUCUUUCUAUUAUUACAGACUCAGGAAAUAUUACUUUUUUAUUAGGAAAAUGUCUGUAAACUCUUUGGCCUAGCUUUAACUGUUUGGUUCAAGAACUUGGGCUCUCUUCCAGCAACAUGGUCUCAUUGACCUCUUGGUUCUCUUUUAAUUACUGAGUGGCUCAAGCCAGCCCUCUUGCCAGAUGUAAAGAUUGCAUAGGUCACAUUGAGUUUUCCCAAGCAGGUAAUAGAUUUAACAUGUCUAAGUGUAAUUGUACAAAUGUAAAGUUGUCUUAUGAUUUUGAGAUUGUUUAUUGCUUGCUU